CUCUGUCGUACUUAAAAAUGGCGUUUUCACAAUCAGUCAGAAAAGGACAAAUUCCUGUUAGCUGUGGAUUAUGUGAGACUGAUAGACCCAUUAAAUGGAAGUGUUUAGACUGUGACCUUUUAUUGUGUAAUCAUUGUAAGGAGAAAGUACAUUUAAGAGUAAAAACUGCAAAGGAUCACAGAAUAAUCGAUAUCAAAGAAAUUGGACUAUAUAAAGAAGAACUAGAUUUUUCAAACAUUGCCUGUCAGGACCAUGCUGGACAAUAUGUCUGUCUUUAUUGUAAGACAUGUGACACUCUUGUUUGUCCAACCUGUGUAGCAAAAGUUCACAAGAAACAUGAUCUAACAGAAAUUCAUGAAGGAUAUGAUAUGAAAAUAGACAAGUUGAAAAAAGGACAAAGUAAAAUUCAAAGGGAUAGGAAAGAAAUUGUUUCCAAAAAAGAACAGCUUAACCAAAUUUUAUCUUCAGAAAAUUAUAAAUACAACCAGGUAAAUCAAGCUAUUCAAAAGCAUGAACAAUCUGUCAAAGUAGCAGCUGAAAGGUACUUUAAAAAUAUUCGAGAUGAAUUAGAUCAGAAUUUCGAAACUGUUUCUAACACAAUUAAAUCUGAUUUAAAUGCUGCCUCAAUCUUACUUAAACAAGCUCAGGAUAAAAACAAUGAAGUUUUGGAAUUUAUAUCAUUAACCAAUAUUUCCAAGUUCUUUACAGAUGUCAACAAACUUGAAAAAUCUAUUGACAUCCAAAUGCCAAAUCUGAGGUCGAAUCAAGUAUCUCUACCAAACUUCGUUCCAGGGGAUUUCAAUCAGUCUAACAUUGGGGUGUUUCAAUUGGAUAAAAAUCCAUCUCAUAAACCACAUAUUAAUCUGGAAAUAAAUAAACAAUAUCAAACUGAACUUGAGACUGUAUCAUAUUUAUGCUCAUCUAUUGAUAAAUCCUUCUGGAUAAGUUCUGGAAAUUUUGGUUUAUUUCAAAAAAUGAAACUUGAUGGAACCAAAUUGAAGAUACUAUCCAGUUAUAAUACCAAUGUCUAUGGUAUGGCUAAAACUCAAUCAAAUAAUCUAAUAUUGUGUCUUGAGGGAUCAAGACUCCAAGAGGUUAGUAGUAAUACAGGUAAUAUUACAGACUCGGUAUAUAAUGUGUCACCAUUAGUACCUUCAGCAGUCUAUAUCACCAGAGACAAUAAAGUUCUAGUAGGAGGUAUUAAUAAAGACUACCCUAAACAAGGGAGAAGGGCUGUAAUACUAAUGAAUCAGAAUGGAGACCAUGAGAGAGUGUAUGAACAUGAUCAACAUAAACAACCUAUAUUUAUCAAUCCCUUCAGAAUAACCAGCACCAGUAAUGGAAAUAUUCAUGUGGUAGAUGGUAUAGUAAGUGCUGACAGACAUAGAGUAGUUGUGUUAGAACAGGAUGGGGAUAUAAUCAAUAUCUAUACAGGACAUACAGAGAUCAAUAAGGACAUACAAUUCAAACCAACAGACCUAGUGACAACACCUAAAGACAAGGUUAUUGUAGCUGAUAUGGAUACUGAUACACUUCACAUCCUGAACCAUGCUGGCCUAUUGAUGACAUAUUAUAAAACAAGUGACAUAAACAUAAUGGCACCAUUGUCUCUUGCUUUCUCUCCAUCAGGACAACUCUACAUAGGAAGUGGAAGACCAUUAGGCAGUACAAACAAGGAGGCCAAGAUUUAUGAUGUGUCCAUAUCAGGAUGUUAAAACAUUUAUACAACAUUGAUUCAUAUAUCAAAUAAUGGAAAAUUAUAUGUUUGCUGACAGUAACAUGUCUGAAGUUUGAUACAACUUUACUACAGAUUAUAUGUUUGCUGACAGUUAUAACAUGUCUGAAGUUUGAUACAACUUUACUACAGAUUAUAUGUUUGCUGACAGUUAUAACAUGUCUGAAGUUUGAUACAACUUUACUACAGAUUAUAUGUUUGCUGACAGUUAUAACAUGUCUGAAGUUUGAUACAACUUUACUACA